CGUGCAAAUGCAUAAAAAAAAAAAUUAUACACUUCGAGAAGAACAUAUUAUAAAAUACAUAGAGAAAAGACUGUAAAAGAAAAAAAAACAUAUAAAAGAGAAGACAAAGAAAAGGAAAAGGAGAGAAAAUAACUACUACCAUAUUGCGAAUAUGAACAACAACAACAUUAUCCAGAGCAACACGGGAAUCAACAUUGCUGCCCCAUGGGCACACGAAACCACAACGGACCUUCACAACCUGGACGGAUGGGGAUCACCGCCCACGUAUAUCCCAAACAUAAAUGAAGGCGGAUGGGGCCCAAACCCGAGCAUAAGUAGCCAUGGAACUGACCCCAUGGACAUUGACGAGCGAUCGGCUACGUCUACAUUACCAACACCAACACCAACACCACAACCAAUGGAAAGCGCGUUCGAAAGGAUCUCGAACCUUGUACAAGAGAGCUCACACGUUCAUACUGAGCUUACAAGCCAUCUUGCAGAAGCCAAUACGCUCUUGGCUAUGAGAGAGUAUGUCAACGAAAGAUUGAUGCUACUGGUGGGUCGUACAAAUAGGCUUGUAGCGAGGUGCCGCGUCCGGCCUCAGGCAUAUUUUACAGAGGAUCAAGUGAGAUCUAUCGUCCUGAAUAUUAUCCUACAAAAUACAUUCACUUGGAUACCCACAAAUACAUACUGCCGAGAUUGUUGCCACCUCAUGUUUGGCAAUCGCCAAGAAGGGUCUGAAUAGACGACUCUGGAAUAGUAACCUUGCUGUAACCCAAA